ACAAGGUACAACAAGUGGACAAGGUACAACAUCUAUAACAACUGGACCAAGUACAACAACUGGACCAAGUACAACAACUAUUACAACAAUUGCUGGCAGUGUCCCAUGUGAAAGUCUCAAAUUGUCUGGUUUGUCACGAUCCUCGAAUCAACUAUAUCGAACUGGGAUCUUCAAGCUGCAAUCGAAUUUUUGGAACGAACGACCAGUUUACAAACACCUAUGGGAUCUAGAGUUUUUGUUCUAUGAAGAUGGAGCCUGGCUUAUAGGAUCAACAAUAGGAGAAACUCAAUCAGGAAUUCGUGUAAUCAGUUCAGCUCUGGAACCACAAGACGUGAUGGAAGUUUGGGAUUCUUGGGAUGGUAGCGCUUGGGUAGCUGAGCCAAGUCUGAUUGCAUCGUGUUCAGCUAUAUGUGACACGAUUUGGUUGAGUGGUGUUUCAUGGAAUGGACCACACGCCUACCUAUUAGGAGCUUAUAGUAUUUCAAAUAAUGAUUCAAAUGGAGCACCGAUCUACAAGAAACAAGAUGGCGCAAACAGUAGUGAAAUAACAAUUAGAAUGUCUGAUGGCAACAAAUGGAGCAUUAAAACAGAGAAUGAGACAUUAACCACAGAGUUUACAACAGCCAUCACAAACCCAGUUGAAAUAAAUAACACAUGGACUGUGUCAUCUGGUACAAUAGUCCUGGAUUGCUACUUUGGUCAAGAAGGAAUUGGUAGUGAGGUUCUGUUAGAUGGUAGUUCUAUUCAAAGGAAAAGACAGGGUAUCUUUUCACUUUAUGGCCCUCUUCUCAAUGGAAGGCCUGUCUAUAUUCACGAACGUGGAGACACCUUCCUUGAUUACAUAAUCAUGGACAAGCAAAGAAGGUUCUGGCUCGUUUCUGACAAUAUUAACUCCAGUUCUGGAGGGAUUCGUGUUUAUGACUCAGCGUUGUCGGCAGAUGGCAUAACUCGGACAUGGGAAACAUAUGACUCACAAGAUGGCUGGGUGAAAGAAACUAAAAUGGGAGCAGCAUGUAUUACAAAUAACACCGUCCCCAGCGAAACGUUAUACAUGGGGGGUGUGGUCACAUCGUCAACUCCACAAACUCAAAGGUUAGGAUUUUACACGAAACACAGAGACUAUCACAAUUCGAGACCAGUAUAUAUUCACGAAUCAGGCAAAUAUGCUCUGUACUACCUACUAUCUAGAGGAUAUUGGGGUAUUGUCAAGGCAACUGGUACGGCCAGUCUCUAUAUGGCGAUAUAUUCAGCAUCCCUUCUUCCUCAAGAGAUAACUGUGCCACUAUAUGGAUGGGUUUCUGGUUGGACAUUGAUGGAUAACAUCACCAUGUCUAGCUAUACAAACACAGGUGACGAGUCUUGUCGUAAGCUCAAUCUAUCUGGCAUGAAGCGUGAUUCGUUAAAUGGUCUUUAUGAGAAUAAUGACCAAGACGUUGGGAAGAGACCGAGCUACAAACACUCUGAUGGGCCUUACAACCUGUACUUUAGACAAUCGCAUGCGCAAUGGGUUAUCGGACAAGACCCUAUUCAAUCUUCCUUUUACGCUUAUACAUUUAACCCAGCUGUGGACCCAACCGAUAUUAAUACGAAUAUUUGGAGGCGAUGGGAUGGUAGUGAUUGGAUAGACCAGCCUGAUGUAGUGUGGAGCUGUCAGGAUGAUGUUACGGUGAGCUAGAAUAACAGCAGUUCCGAUAUUACUAUUACAGCACCUACAAAUCAGACAUUUCGGACAAUUAAAAAUCAGUACUGUUAUUGCAACAAUACAUAUAUAUGAAUAGUGACUAAUCCAUUGAUUGACGCAAUGUGACAAUUUAACUCCAUUAUAUGUGUAACCUUUUACAUUUAUACA